AUGUCGAGCAGCGCGAAGCCAGCGCAGAGGCACCUCCUGCUGGCGGUGCCUAUGCGCAAGGGCAAGCAGGAGGACCUCGACCCGAUCACGCAGUACGUCCGGGACACCUUCGGCCCGGAGCAGGCCAGAGACGCCGAGGACGACGUGGAAACCAUCCAACAGCUGCGUGACGCGGUCGUGCGCGAGGCCGCGUCCAUGGAGAGCCUCAAGAGCACGCUGCCGAAGUACUAUCACGCCCUCCAGGCCAUCGACGCCCGAUUCCCGUUCGCCUCGUCCCGGAGCGCCCUUCACGACAUCUCGUUCAGCUGGUCGGAGUCCUUCAACUCGAAGAACCGCAACGACGCGGGGGACCUGCUCGUGGAGAAGGCCAGCGUUCUGUUCAACCUGGGUGCUGUGCUGAGCAAGCUAGCUCAGGAGCAGGACCGGUCGGAGCCCGAGGGCGUUGCGCGCGCGUGCCAGCUGCUGCAGGAGGCCGCGGGGACCUUCCAGGCCCUGCGCGAGCACGACGCGACCCGCCUGGACUCCCCCGCACCAGACCUGACUCAAGAGGCGCUGACGUUCCUGGAACGCCUCGCGCUGGCGCAGGCCCAGCAGUGCUGCUUCGAGCGGGCGGCCACCGACGGGAAGAGCCACCAGCUCUGUGCGCGGCUCGCCCUGCACGCCGCGGAGCUGUUCAGCAGCGCCACGCGCGCGGCGGAGCGCCCGCCCCUGUCCUCCUACUUGGACGUGUCGUGGCCGGCGCACUCGCGCUGCAAGGACUCCAUGUACCGCGCGUACGCCGAGCUGUGCAUGGCGCGGCACCACCGGGAGAAGGACGAGAACACCAGCGAGCUCGCGCGGCUGCGGGAGGCCCACAGGCUCAUGGCCACCGCGCGCCACGUGGCCAGCCGCGGGCUCUCGCACGACACGAAGCUCGAGAACGCGCUGCUCAUGCUCGAGGAGGACGUCAACGCCGCGCUGAACAAGGCGGAGCGCGAGAACAACACCGUGUACCUCGCGCGGAUCCCCGAGCACUCGACUCUCCCGGAGAUCCAGCCCGCGCCGCUGGUGCGGGCCAUCCAGCCGGACCUGAAGCCCCGCGAAGCGCAGGACUACUUCCGCAACAUCGUGCCGGAAUCCGCAACCAGGGCCGUGUCGAAGUACACAGACAUGGUGGACCGCGCCGUGCGCGACACCCUUGACGCGCUCGCGGAGGCCAGCGACGAGGCGCGCGCGAAGCUGCGCCUCUGGGACCUCCCCGACGCGCUGCUCGCGCUGCGGUCGGGCGAAGAGGGCGGCGCGAGCGCCACCAGCCUCCCGGACGCCCUGCGGGAGGAUCUGAUCCGGAUAGAGUCCCGGGGGGGACUCCGGAUGCUGCAGGAGCUGCAGGAGCAGUCGGGCCAGCUGCGGAAGGUCGCGGCGUCGGACCUGGAGCGCGUCACGGACCUGCUGGACAAGGAGGAGGCGGACGACAACGCGAUCCGGCACAAGGUGGGGUCCGCGGUGUGGACGCGCAAGCCGAGCGCGGCACUCAAUGCGCCGUACCGGCAGCAGCUGGACCAGUACCGCGGACACCUCGGCAAGGCACAGGCGGCCGACGACAAGGUCGCGAGACAGCUGGCGGCCGAGCAGGGCAUGCUGCGCGCACUAACCGUGGACGACGCGGUGGCGAUGCUCCCGCGCCUCGAGGCGCCGAUGGUCCCCGUCAGCGAGGUGGCGCCCGCGGACGCCGCGCACGUGCUGCGUGCACUGCUGCAGCAGCAGGAGGACGUGUCGGCGUCGCUCGCGGCCCUGGAGCGCGAGAUCAAGGACCUGAAGGCGCGCGACGACAUCCUCCCGCGGCUGCUCGCGGAGGGCGUCGACGCGGACCAGGACGCCUUCUUCGCGCGCGAGAUCGAGAAGUACGCCGCGCUCCGCCAGCGCUGCGCGGCCGCCGCCGCCGCGCAGGCGCAGCUCCUCCAGCGCAUCGAGCGCGCGCAGGCGCAGUUCAAGGAAGCCUUCGCGUACGACGCGUGGACGCGCCAGUGCGCGCGCGCCGCAGAGAGCUUCCGCGAGGCGUGCAAGUCCUGGUCCGCGCUGCGCGACGACCUCGACGAAGGCAUCAAGUUCUACACGAGGCUGCAGGACGCGCUGCGGUCGCUGAGCCGGUCCGUGGGGGACUUCGUGAUGACGCGGCGGAUCGAGCGCGACGACCAGCUCGCGCGGCUGCGGCGCGAGGGCGGCCAGGCCGCCGCGAACGUGGGCGGGAUCGCAUCGCAACUGGCGCAGACGUCGCUGGCCGCAGCGCGCGACAACGCGCCCGGGCCGCCGCCGACGUUCCCGCCGCAGCCGCAUCAUUACCCGCAGCAGCAGUACGCGCAGCCGCAACCGCCGCACGGUGCCGCACCUGGCGGGUACCCGCCUCCGCAGUACGCGCAGGGUUACGGACACCCGCAGCAAGGAGGGGCGCAGGGGUUCGAUCCCUUCGCUUCGCACGGACACGUGCAGCCUGGCCCGCACCAGCAGUGGGGCUCGGGCGGGCGCUGA